AUGACACGGUGUGGAGAUAGCCGUAAGGAGUCCGGAUCGUUGACUUACCUCCUCUCAGCUAGGAAAACCUCCAGAAUUGGCACCUGGAAUGUUAGAACUCUCUAUGAUAUAGGGAGAACAAUGGAAGUAGCAAAGGAAAUGAAACAUUAUAGAAUUAGUAUUUUGGGGUUAUGUGAAACUAGAUGGACUGGGACAGGGAAAAGUAUUCUUAAUUCAGGAGAAACUAUUUUGUUCUCAGGACACACAGAGGAAAAUUCGCCGCACAGUGAAGGAGUGGCCCUGAUGCUAUCAAAAGAAGCAGACAGGGCACUAAUAGAAUGGGAAGCUGUGAGUCCCAGAAUAGUAAGAGCAUCUUUUAGAACAGUAAAACAGAAGGUGAACAUGUCGGUAAUACAGUGUUAUGCACUAACAAAUGAUAAAGAUGCAUUUGUUAAGGAAGAAUUUUACAUGCAGCUUCAAAAUAUUAUAAAUAAUGAAAGAAAGGGCAACUUAAAAAUUUUGAUGUUUCUUGGCAAGAAAGAAAGAAAACAUAAAGCAUGGAUAACACCAGAAACCAUUAAACUGAUUGAAGAUAGGAAAAGUAAAAAAGCAGAAUUAAACAAUAGCAAAACUAGAGCUGCUAAAGCUAGAGCUCAGGAGAAUUACACAGAAGCCAACAAGGAAGUUAGGAGGCAUAUAAGGGCAGAUAAAGUGAAAUAUCAAAAUGAUCUAGCACAAGAAGCGGAGACAGCAGCAGCAAAAGGAAACCUCAGAGAUCUUUACAGUAACACAAGAAAAUUAGUAGGUAAAUAUAGUCAGCCAACUGGAUCAAUCAAAAAUAGUCAAGGAAAGGUACUUACUAACACUAAAGAUCAAAUGGACAGAUGGGUUGAAUAUUUUGAAAUGCUUCUAAAUAGACCAGACCGAGAGGUUUCCCCAGAUAUCCAGCCUUUAGAAAUGGAACUGGAUAUCAACUGUGAGAUACCAUCCAAAAAGGAAAUUAGAAAAGCUAUAAAUCUUCUUAAGGAAGGAAAGGCGUCAGGCCCAGAUGGUAUCCCAGCUGAAGCCAUCAGGACCAACAUAAACACAUCAACAGAAUUGCUACAUAGAUUAUUCA